UUUUUGCUUUGGGAAAUUGGAAUACCAGUUUACCUUUACUCCGGCAAAUAGAUUCCUUCCAUCCUGGACCACGAUGGGCGUGAGCGAGGCAUGGUCGUGUCUGGAACCUAACCUGUAACGAAUAAUCCACUAUUGCUUGCCUGCGAAAUCAAUUGUCAUAGGGCUUUUGCUCAACAGAGUCGUUGGAGUAUUCUGGCUUUCCGCAUGUCUGGGAAAUUGUCUGGAGAACCUCUAUUAGGUGCUUACUAAUGCCAACUAGCAAUACCCUUGAUGAAGAAAUUGGGAAUAUUGAAGAAAUAGAUCAGUGGAAGACUGCAUAGGAAAAGAGUUAUGAAAUGGCAAUUAGCAGCAAAAGCUGAGAUAGCACUGGAAAUUCUUAGGCAUUCGUAAUGGGUGCUCCUAAGCAGAAGUGGACACAAGAAGAAGAAGCAGCACUAAAAGCUGGAGUUGUUAAGCAUGGGGUUGGGAAAUGGCGCACAAUACUUAAGGAUCCAGAAUUUAGUAGUGUCUUGUUUCUGCGGUCUAAUGUAGAUCUUAAGGAUAAAUGGAGAAAUCUGAGUGUAAUGGCAAAUGGAUGGAGCUCCCGGGACAAGUCUAGAUUAGCGGGUAGAAGGGCACAUCAGGUCCCAAAACAAGAUGAAAAUGCUAUGAUUGCCCCUUCUGUUGUUCCGAGCGACGAAGAACUUGUGGAUGCCAGGGCUUCUCAAGUUCCUAGAGAUAUGCUGCAGAUUCCUGGUCCAAAGAGGUCUAUUGUAAGAUUGGAUAACCUGAUAAUGGAAGCAAUAGCUAGCUUGAGGGAGCCUGGUGGUUCCAACAAGACAAAUAUUGCAGCUUACAUAGAGGACCAAUAUUGGGCACCCCAAGACUUCAGAAGGUCAUUGUCAGCAAAACUAAAAUCGUUGACAGCUAGUGGAAAACUGAUCAAGGUGAAACGCAAAUAUAGGAUUGCUCCUACGCCAGCAUAUCCAGACCGAAGAAGAAACUCAUCCAUGUUAUUGUCUGAUGCAAGGCAGAGAUUCUCUAUGAAGAUAGAUAAGGAUGAGGCCAAUGUCAUCACAAAGUCUCAGAUAGAUUUAGAACUAGCAAAGAUAAGGUCGAUGACAGCACAAGAGGCAGCUGCAGUUGCUGCUCGAGCAGUUGCAGAAGCAGAAGCUGCCAUAGCAGAAGCUGAAGAAGCAGCAAAGGAGGCAGAGGCUGCUGAAGCUGAUGCAGAGGCAGCACAAGCUUUUGCAGAUGCUGCAAUGAAGACUCUUAAUGGGAGAACCACCCCCAAAUUGACAUGUGGCUUGAGCUGGGGAGAUUUGAUAUUGCAGAGGCAGUCCGUAGAGCUGAUGCGAGCCUGAUAGGAAUGAAUUAGAGAGGAACAAAGGACCAAUGCUAAGGACUGACAGCCAGAUAGAUAUUUAUCAUUUGCUGAUAUUGUUUAUACUGUACAUAUAUUGAAGGUCUUUCUCCUGAUGUGACGCAGGAUUCAACUUUAUCAAUAGAUUUGCUAAGGUUUUGUACACAUAGAAUUCUAGUAAAUUCUGAAGAUGGUGUUUUAGUGUAUAUUUAUUGCUCAUUGAACUAUGUCAAUGUACCAUUAUAGAAGGUAGGCUUAAAUGAUCAGUUCAGAAUUCAGCUGAAACAUGCAGCUUGAUUAGUUUUUACUUUGCUUUUAGUAUCUCUAUUUUUUGUAUCUAAAAAGGUUAAAGCAAGGUUGCACCUGGUUAACUCUUGUUGAAUAUAUGUUCUGAGAAGAGUUGGAAGAAGCUGCACUUUUUUAAGUUGCUUGUCAAAAGGAAA